GCCAGAGAGAAGUUUGGACAUGAAAGCACUCAACUGGUAGAAAAGUCACUUGAAUCUUUUCCCCAAGUGCGGCAUCAUGAAGCCACUGCUGCGCUUCAGCGUGUCUAUUUGGACUCUCUUCAGCGCGCUGCUCCGGAUCUCCCAAUCACAAUGUGUCAGUCAAUGUGACAGCACUCAGACAGAAAACUUAACAACAACAACAACAAGUAUAACAUAUGGAAAUGAUCCAAACUGUAACUUAUCCAUUGGGAACAAUAUCUCUGGAAACGGUUCGAUAACUGGUUUGAUUCCUGGAACAGUCUAUCAAAUCUUCAUUAAUUGUUCCAACUGCUGCACAAAUACCACAACAAAACCGGGUAAAAUUGCAUUACUUACUGUUGCCACAAACACCUCCUCCAUCGCUCUGACUUGGACCCCACCUCCUGGUCAGGUGGCCAAGUACAUGGUGCACUGGCUUAAUGGCGGAGUGUCGAUGGUCAUAUACACAAACAAUACCACUGCUGUAUUAUCAGAUCUGAUUCCUGGUACCAGCUACGUAAUCACAGUCACUGCCAUUGCCGGAGGCAAUCAGACAGGAGAGUCUUACACAUUCACUUCAGUCACAAAACCUGCUGUGGUUAGAAGCCUCACCAUCAUCAACAUCACAACAUCGUCUGUGUCUCUGGACUGGACUGAACCAGUGGGCAACGUUACCUCAUACACAGUUCAGUGGAUUGGAGGAGGAGUGGCCUUGAAUGACACCACAAGUGAAUCCUCCUUUACUGUCAACAAUUUAAUUCCUGGAUUCCAGUACAACAUUACAGUGGCUGCUGUUUCUGUAAAUUCCUCAAACACAGGAGACAGUACCUUAAUAAGUACCUUCACAAUCCCGGAAAAGCCUGGGAACAUUACGAUUACAGCACGAGGAACUAAUAAUCUGAGCAUCAGCUGGACUUUGCCCAGAGGGAGGGUUGAUAACUACGUGGUGAACAUCUCAAAUGGGGGAUUGAUUCCUUUGUACAGCAACAUAACAGCAAUGACCUCAGCCAGCUUUACUGGUUUAAAUCCUGGGAGAAUCUUUAUCAUCACAGUGACCUCUGUAGCUGGAAACUUCAGAGCCACUUCUGACCAGUCUUCAUUUGCCACUUAUCCCACACCUCCUGGUUCCAUCAUAAUCAGUCAGAGGACAAACUCUUCGCUCUAUAUAAAGUGGGCGACUCCUGCUUUGAUGGAGGGUGCUCCAAACAUCAGCUACCAUAUCACCUACCAGAAUGGUGGCGUAUCACAAGAUGCAGACACCAUAGUCAAUCAAACAGAGCUGUCUCUGCUUUCCUCUGGAACUUCCUACAAUAUAACUGUAGAAACAGUUGGACCCCAAAAUUUAAGGAGCACGGUUGUCCCUUAUUCUGCUACAACUCUGCCCAACCCUGUAUUGAACCUUGUAGCCAGACCUAAAUCCACCACCUCAGUAGAAGUCACUUGGUCAUACCCUUAUGACUUCAAGUCAUAUUACACAUACUUGGUUCAAACAUACAAUUCUAUGGGAGCACUGAUUAACAACACAACAGUCAGCAAUAACAUCACUGAUGUACCAAACCUGGAGCCAGGAACUAGAUACAAUUUCACUGUCACAACGAUAGCAGCAACAGGAAAUGGAUCCACGGUGGAACAGACAUUCAGUUACACAAUGCCCAAAGCAGUGACCAACCUCACAGUGCAAGUUGUGAACACAACGUCCAUCCAGCUGACGUGGCUCAGACAAAGUGAUUAUAAGUCUACCUACUCCUACCUGGUGUUAGCGCUCAAGGACACCAUGAAGGUUCAGAAUACUUCAGCGCUGACUGAGACUUACACCUUCUUCAACCUGACCCCUGGAGCAUUGUACACUUUUAAUGUAUUUACAGUAGUAGGAGGAGUCACUUCCAGAGUGGACAACACAUCAAGUUACACAAAGCCUGAUGUAGUUUCUGGCAUCGUAGCCAUAGGAAGCACAUCUAACAUGUCAGUGAGCUGGAAUAAUGCAUCUGGGCAGGUGGCCUCAUACGAUGUUCUGCUGUACAAAAACAACUCGUUGGAAAGAAACUACACAAAUCUGAGCAACACUACCGUAAACAAACUGUUUCAGGGCCUGAAACCAGGAGUGCUUUACUGUGUGGCCGUGGUCACCAAUAGUGGACCUUACAGAAACAGUUCACGUGUUUGCAAUGCAACCUUUCCCAACCCUCCUGGUCCCAUCAUGGUGGCAUCUCAGACUGUGGAGUCCAUCAACUUUACCUGGCCCUUUCCAGAGGACAUGGACUAUAAUCAGUACAACUUCACUGUGUCCAGCUUUAGGGGCUUGUUUUCAACUAAAAACAACUGGUUCCUGCUGGCCAAUCUUCAGUCUGGAAGCUACUACAACAUAUCUGUUGUUACAGUAGGCGUGUGGAACUAUGAGAGCACAGAAGUGAUAGCAGAAAACUAUACCAGACCGUAUCCUGUAACCAUGCUGACACAGGCAGGAAUCACCACAAAUGCAGUGACCUUGAUGUGGGAGCAGCAGGAGAGCAAAUCUUACUAUUCAUAUGUGGUGCAGGUCUCCAACAGCUCCUUUAGCUCAUCUAAAGCAGUCUUGAACACCUCAAUCACGAUCACUGGACUUCUCUCUGGUAGCAACUACAGCUUCACUGUCACAACUCAGACAGCAGAUGGCACUCAGGCAGCUCCUGUGACAGUAUGGUACUUUACACGGCCAUAUAGUACUAGCUGGUCCAAGGUGGAAACCUUAAACUCAACUGCUAUACAUCUGGUUUGGAUGAAACCGCUGGAUUACAAGAAUGGAUACACAUAUAGGGUUACGACUACAGGCUGUGGCUCCAAAAACAUAACCGUCGCAGAAGAAGACACACUGAUCUCAGAGCUCACCCCUGGGACCAACUGCACCUUCUGUGUUUAUGUCAGGGCAGCGGAUGGCACCGAAGGGCAGGCAAACUGCACCUCUCAGUACACUCAGCCUGGGACAGUGCAACCCAGGAUCUCCAGCCAGGGUUCCAAUAGUUCAAUCCUGGUGUCAUGGACCAAACCUCCUGGGAAGGUGGAGUAUUAUAAUGUUUAUCUAAACGGGACGUCCACAGCUUUAGUGCUGAACUCUACCAGUACCUCCUGGCUGUUUGGGAACCUGGCCGCUGGAAUACUUUACUCUGUCGUGGUAACCACAUUUAGUGGACCCUUCAAUGCAUCAUCUGCAUCAAUUACUAAUGCAACUUUCCCUAACGCUCCUGGGCCAGUUGAGGUCCUGACGAAAACAACCAGCUCCAUCACCAUCAGGUGGAGGGACGCUCCUCUGAUGACUGGUGCAUCAUUCUUCUACCAGCUGACUUACACAACCCAACAGGGAAGGGAAAACAUCUCCACCACCACCACCACCAAUUAUACCUUUGCCCCACUGCCUUCUGGGACUUCUUACAACAUCUCCGUGGCAACAGUGGGUGUCUUGGGUUUUCAGAGUGGGAAGGUUCAGAUCCCCAUGGUCACCACAAGACCGUUCAGUGUGCGGUCUGUUAAUGCUACUACAGAAGAGAAGAACAUCAUAGUCAUGUGGAAAGAACCUGACGAAUACAAGGAAAGCUAUCGUUACAAUUUGACCUGGCAAAGCUCAGAUGGGUCCAUUAAUAGUAACAUAACUAAUAUAACCGAGUAUAAUAUCAGGGACCUGGUACCUGGCAGUCCCUAUAUCAUUAAUGUCAUCACACAGACCUCUGAUGGAACACAGAGUGCUCCAAAUUUGACUAGCUGCUGUACAGAUGCAAGCCCCGUGGAAACCGUUCAAUGUACUGGUCCGAACACAACAAACGCAGAACUCAUCCUGUCCUGGAACAGGCCCAAGGGCCGAUACUCUGACUUCCAGGUCACUGCAAUAAAGGAUGGCAAGAUCAUCAACACAUCAUCAUCAUCCUGUUGUAAUCAGACUUUUUCAAACCUCCGUCACCAUACUGAGUACAAUCUGACUGUGGUGACUCAGAGCUGUGGAAGAUCCAGCACCCCUUUGUCUUAUCUCUGCAGUACAGGCAUCACAAUUCCACCCAUUCCAGAUAACUUUGAGUCAUUGGUGAGAGUGAGUGAAAAGCUCAGGAAGAUACCUAGAGUGUAA